UUCUAGUAUGACGAGGAGUCCACUGAUACCACUAAUAAGCCUGCUUCGUACAUGAUGGAGGCACCUCCUAUCUAUGUCAAUCAAGGAUAUUACCCACCCAGGGGGGGAAUGACUGGGUUUGUUAAUGCCCCAGCUCCGCAAGUCCAUACCACACUGGUGAACAUAAUUCCUGGAGAAUUGUCAAUACGAGACCACUUGCCCUGGUCCAUUUUUAACACCUUUUACAUAAACUUCUGCUGCCUGGGUUUCAUUGCAGUUAUUUUCUCUGUAAAGUCCCGGGAUCGGAAGGUGAUUGGAGACAGGAUUGGAGCCAUGAGCUACGGUUCUACUGCCCGUAAUCUCAACAUUGCCGCUACUAUGUUCACCGUCAUUACUAUUAUUGUUGUGUUAAUCAUGUUACUUUCUGCACCCCGGCCACAGAGAAUAGGCUAAUAGUGAAGAUGAUCGAGCAGCCACAGCACGUACCCAUCCUUCAUCCUCAUCAGUUGGAAAAAAUUCCACUUCUGGAGUUCUUUUAAUGUGUUUCAACCAUAAAAUUAUUCUGCAUUCUGAAAAUAUUUACCUUCUGAAUUUCCCACUUAGCAUUAAAGUGGAUGUUUAUCGUUAUCUGUAGUUAUAAAUCAAAUCAGCUGUGUUUUUCUCGAAGACGUUUUGCCCGUCAUUCAACUGGCUUUUGUAAUUCAGUAUGGGGAAAAAUGGCUCAUUCUGAAUUGAGAAAUGAUGAGUCGGAUGACUGGCAAAAAGUCCUUAAAAAAAACACAGCAAGUCCAGUUAAUUUGACUGAUUACUCCAGAUAUACCUACGACCUGGAUGAACCUUCACAGACAGAUGUUUAUCUCUAUAUAGCAUGUUAUCAAUUGACCUGUACUAAAAAAUUUUUCCUCUUCU